AUGUCAACAUUGGCAGAUAAUUCAGACAAUCUAAGUGAGAUGUUUUUAACUAAAUUAUUGAUGUACUACAUGAAUGGUGCUGCACUGUUGGAGACUGAUAUUGUAGCGGACAAUGGAGUUUUACACGUGAUCGAUAAAAUAGUUGUUCCGGUUGGCAGUAAUAAGACUUUGGCGCAGUACCAUAAACAUCCCGAUCUAAACAGUUUAUCAUUUGAUUCCAUCAAUGAGGCAGCCACAGUUCUUCCCGACAUGAUUAACCAUAACAGUACCGAUGCGUACUUUACAGCCUUCUCGCCUAACGAUUCAUACCUUAAUUCGAUGCCAAACUUUGCGAAGAAUCUAUUAUACAGCAACAAAACCUUACUUCAAAACGUUUUCAGAGCUCACAUUAUAUUGGGGGACGUCUAUUUUUUGCCCACCUACGGAAAAAUGCAUUCUUUGUUACCCAUGGAGGGGAAGUUAAAAUUUACAAGAGCAGCAGAAAAGAUUUAUGUGUCGAAUAAUAAAGUAAGAGCGGAAAUCAUCCUGGCCAAUAUUCCAAUUGCUAAUGGGGUAAUACAUAUUAUUGACAAUCUGCUCUAUUAUACUUAUCAAAAUAUCAUGCAGAAAAUCCAGUCAAUGCCAGAAACGAGGUAG